AAAAAAUUCAGAAAGCUUUUUUAUGUUUCUAUUUCCAUGAACACAAAUUGCACAACAGAUAUUACACAUAGCGUAGUAAGUGAGGCACUUAAUUACUAUGUGUCGGUUGAAACUAUUGAUGGAAGCAUUGUAAAAGGAAAGUUAAUUCGGUAUGACGAGCAUACGGGCAACGCCGAACUUAUUGAUGUUGAAUGCCAGACCCGAGAUUCCUCUCUUUCAGUGUUUGAACGUUUUUUUUUGAAGGGUGCAAAUAUUCGUAUUAUUCAUUUACCUCCCGAUUUAUGCAAGUCACCACUUUUAGAUUGGCAAAAUAGUUCUAUGCGUCAGGCCUUGAAGAAGACCAUCAAGCCAAAUCGAAGUGUUAGAAAAAAUAAGACUGCGUUACGUACCACGAAUAAAUUACUGAAACAACAGAAAGGAAAAUAAAAUUUAACCUUGAACUUUUUUCAGAAAAAAAGUUAUAA